AACUGCUCUUUUCAGUAGAUUUUAUGUUAUUUCGCAACAUCAUCCGUAAAAUCAAACAAGAUCUAUUUUUUAAAGAUGUGGUGUUUUUAUAAAGUUGUGUUAUUUUGUGGAAUUCUGGUUUUGAUGAGUAUUUUUGCAGAAUCGACAGCAGACGAAUCAAUGGAUUUAGUUAACGAUGGUGUAAAAAAUAGUCCAUUUUCAUUUUUUUCAAGAAUAAGGGGUAGAGCUGGAGCAAAUUUUGUGCCAAUAUUUGACUUCUCGUCUUUGUUUAACAGUAAAGCCACUAAAUCACCAGUACCAUCUAAAAAGCCAACGAAAAGGCCGACGAGAAGACCUACAAGGAGACCAGUUCACAAACCACCAUAUUAUCCGCCAUAUUAUCCUCCAUAUUACCCUCCUCCACUUCCACCACCAUCUCAUUAUCCAUAUCCACCCCAUUAUCCAUAUCCACCACAUUAUCCAUAUCCACCCUAUUAUCCACCGCCGUACUAUCCACCAGCAACGACUCCAUCUACAACAACAAGCACGACGAGCUCAACAACUACAACAACUACUACGACCACAACAACACCUCCGCCUACAACAACAACUACAACGACCACGACUACAACACCACCUCCAACAACGACCACCACUACAACACCACCUCCAACAACAACUACAACAACGUCCCGUCCAUCCCGACCACCGUGGUGGCCAUUUCCGUUUAUCCAACCGAAUGCUGCCGCACUUCCCGGUACUCGUUGGCAGUUGGUUUUAGAUCCCAACUCUUACCAAAGGAGUAAUAGACGCAGAAAAUCCAAAGUUGGUCAAUCCUCUGGCAAUUCUCUAAAUACACAAUCAUUGGUUAUGAAAAUUUCCAUUGCAGUUCUUCUUUUACAAAGUGUGUUAACAGAACCGGCACGGAAAAGGAAUAAACCUAUUUCUAAAAAUGAUGUUUAUUCGUUAAACGGAUUACAAGCUCGCGUCAUAGGGAAUCCUGUUGUAACGACGUCGAAUAAUAAUUUACCUACUAGUAUUGUAAUACCACUUAAUUUGGACCAAUUUGGUAAUUAUUUUUUAAAAUACAAAUAUGUGACAACAACAUCAACGCCAAUUAAACCUUCAAGGCCUACUAAACCGUCAAAGCCAACACGUACGCCAAAACCUAAACCUCCACCUUACUAUCCUCCGUAUUACCCACCUUAUUAUCCACCGCCUUACUAUCCACCACCCUAUUAUCCACCGCCAUAUUAUCCAUACCCACCAAUAACAACAACUACUAGGAAACCGAAAACUACAAAAACUACAACCAAGAAACCAACUACUACUACUACUACAAAAACUACAACAAAGAAACCAACUACAACGACAACUAAAAAGCCAACAACUACAAGUACUACUACAACAACGGAAAAACCUACUACAACAACUACCACUACUACAGAAAAGCCAAUUACAACAACAACUACCACUACUACAGAAAAGCCAACUACAACUACUACUACAGAAAAGCCAACUACAACGACUACUACAGAAAAACCAACUACUACUACAGAAAAGCCAAGUACAACAACUACUACAAGAUUUCCAUCAUGGUGGCCAUUUCCAACUCUAAGACCUAAUACACGUUGGCAAUUAGUUCUGGACACACCAUUUGCGUUUAAUAGAAGCAUAAGGAGCAAAUAAUUAAAAAACUCUUUUCAUCUCAUAUUAACUUAUUAACUAGAUAAUUCUAAAAAAACAAAUAAAAAAGUAUUAAACAAAAUAUAAAAA